AUAUAGUAUCACAUAAAUUAAUGAAAUUCGGAAGUGUCUUUAAUCCAAGAGGAGUACUCGAGAUAAACUAUAAGAUAUCAUCUAUAGAUGCUAAUCAAAAUGUCUUAUACACAGGAGAUGAAAAAGGCAUAUUAUAUAGGUAAAUUAUUGUUUGAGAUUAGAUAUCAAUUGUAACCUGAUUAAGCCAUGAUUAUUCAAGCAAGUUAGCCAUUAUCUAAACAAUUAACUAAAUCAAGGAUUGAUUAAAUAAAAGUUUUUCCUCAAGCAAAUGCUAAUCUUUUGGUUUUAUCAGAUCAGACUUUAUUUUUUGUUGAAGAAAAAACUUUGAAAGGUGAAUAAAUCUCAAAAGAAAAAGUAUCAUUAUUUGCUUUAAAUGAAUUUUCAAAAAUAAAUUAAUUUGAGAUAGUAAUAGUGACUAAAAAGAAAGAAGGCUUCAUUUUGAAUUAUACUUAAAAAUCAGGGAAAUUUGAAUGUAUGAGAGAGAAAUUCUUAUUGCCAGACAUACCUGUAACAAUAGCAUUUAUAGGAAAUUUAUUUUAUUUUGGAAUAUAAAAGAAAAAUUAUUCUUUAAUUAAUCUUGAAGAUAAAUAAUUAUAAGUAGCUAAUUUAGUUAUCGAUAUUGGUAAUAAUCCAUAUCUUAAAGCCACUGAUAAUGAUGAAUUAUUACUUAUUACAACAAAUAAUAUAGGUAUUUUUAUUGGUAAGGAUGGAUAAAUGAAAUAAAAAAGUACAAUCUAAUUAUAAAAUAAAUCAAUAUAGAUUAUAACAAUUUUUAAGUAGUAUUUGAUAGUACUUUUUGAUAACUUAAUAUAAGUAUUUAAUUUAUUGGAUUCUAAACCUAUGAGUGAUAUUUAAUUGACAUCAUCAGCUAAAUGUAUUACAUAAACUUCAAAUCAUAUAUUUUAUGGUAGUUCUAGUGAAGUAAAUAAUUAUUAUUAAUAUAUUAUAGAUCAUUUAUUUAUAUCAAACACCUCCUGAAUAAUAAAUUUAAGAUUUAUUGAAAUUGGGUAAGGUUGAAGAUGCGCUUUAAGUAUUUUAAUAAUAUAAUCAAAAUUCUGAUGCAUCAAAAAAUUAGCAAUUAGAAUAAUUGAAAUUAGAUUGUGGUUGGGCUCUUGUUCGAUUUAUGUAAUUUUAAAGUUCUCUGAAUUAUAUUUAAUAAACAAACUUUGAUCCUAGAGAUUUUAUUUGUUUAUUUCCAGAUUAUUAUUAUGCAGUAGAGAAACUUGAAUCAGUUAAUUAGAAUCCUUCAUAAAAUACAAUUUCAUUGAUUAUUAAUAAAUUUGUCUAAGAUAAUUAUAAAGGUGAUCCAAAGAAAGGUUAAGAAUUGAAAUUAUAAGCAAGAGAUUUUUUGAUUGAAAUUUUAGAAAAGAAAAGAAGUAUUUUAACUUCAGCUUAAUAUGCAUAUUCUAUGAAAGAUAAAUUGACUUUAUUAACAAGUACAUAAAAUUAUAAUUAAAAUUAAUGGCAUGCUAUACCAUGUGAAUAACUUUUAGAAUUAAUAGAUUUUGCAUUGAUAAAAGCAUAUUUAGAAGCUUAAUAAUUAUAAAAAUUAAAAAGUUUUUUAUCUUGUAAUUAAAUAUAUUGUUUAUCAAUGUAUGCUGAAUUAUAAGCAAUAUUUUAAAAUAAUAAAGCAAUAGAAUAAUAAUAAGGUAUAUUGGCUAGAUUUUAUGAAUCAUUUAAUAAAAUUGAUUUGUCUUUAGAAGUUUGGAGAACGAUAGGAGGAGAUUCUUUAAAUUAAUAAGUAUAAUAAGAAGCUUGUGAAGAAACAACUAGAAUUUUAAAAUAGAAUCCUGAUAAGAAUAGAAUAUUUAAAUUUAUUUUGUGGGUAUUUAAAAAAUAAAUGAAAACUGGAAUUCAAAUAUUUUAUGUUAGUGAAAGUAUAAUAUCACCUGAUUAAAUGAUUAAAUUUUUAGAAGAUUCAGAAAUGGAAUAAGAUUUGAAGAAGAAAUUAAAAGAGAAAUAUUUAGAAGUUUUAGUAUUAGAGAAAUAGACAGAAGAAGAGAGAUUUCAUACUCAAUUAGCUUAUUCAUAUAUUGAUUCUUUAUUUAAUAUAUAUCCAAAAGAAAUGUAACCUACAUAAAUUGAUAUGAAAAAGAAUUAAAUUGCAAGCGAAAUUUAUUAAUCAUUAAAGAAGUUUUUGAAGAAUCCAAAUGCAAAAUAUAAUUCAUCAAGCAUUUUAGAAAAAAAGGUUAAGGAUUCUUGGAUGAUUCAAGAAGUUAUUUUACUUUAUGGAAGAGAGAAAAGACAUGAAGAAGCAUUAAGUUAAUUGUUGAAUUUAGGAUUUUAUGAAUGGGCUGAGAAAUAUUGUUGUGAAUAUUCUGACAAUUUAUUGACGAAGCUUUUUAAAAAAGUAUAUAUGUUAUCUAAAUAAAGUACAAAGAAUUAUAUAUAUUUUUGAAAGGGAAAUAUAAUGAGAGACCUACAGAUCAGUAAGCAUCAUAUACAUUUAAUUAAAUUAAAGUAAUGAAUAUUAUUUAUAUUCUAAAUUUUAGAUUACAAUCAACAAUUUUCUGAAAAAAUAUGCAACUCAUUCUUAGUUAAAUGCUUUGGAAGUAUUAGAAAUGAUACCAGAAGAUUGGAUAUUAGCUGAUUAAGGUGAGGAUGAUGGAUUAUUUUAAUUUUUAAAUAGUGUAAUAAGUAAUUAUUUCAUUAUAUUUAUAGGUCAUACCUUACAUUAAAAAAGAUCAACAAAAGCAGCUUAUCAUUUAUCUGAUAUGGAUUUAUUGAAUGUUGAAUGUUUAAAUGCUAGUACUAAAUAAGCAAAUGUAAGAAUUACAUCUGAAAAGAAAUGUGCUGUAUGCAGUAGAUCAAUAGGUGAAAAAGUAAAGAUGUAUUUUUAAACUUUAAGGUAUUUGUUGUUUAUCCUAAUGCUGUUAUUGCACAUCAUACAUGUAUAAGGAGUAAUACUGUAUGUCCAUUAACUGAUAAAGAUUUUGAAAAGUAUUUUAAAAUGUGAGUGUUGAGUUUAUC